AUGGCUCGAUUAACAAUCUUGGCUGGGCUGUCCCUUUUGAUGUGUCUCCAGAUGGUGUCCGCUACAAAACUGGUGUGCUACUUCACCAACUGGUCCCAGUAUAGACCAGGUGCUGGCAAAUAUCUCCCUGCCAAUGUGGACCCCAAUCUCUGCACGCACCUGAUCUACGCCUUUUCAAUAAUCAACCCUUCUAACGAGCUGUCGCCAUAUGAGUGGAAUGAUGACGUUCUCUAUAAAUCCUUCAAUGAACUCAAGAAUAGAAACCCUCGGCUGAAGACUCUUUUGGCUGUAGGUGGAUGGAACUUUGGAACCACACAAUUCACCACCAUGGUUUCAUCCCCCGCCAACCGCCAGAGAUUUAUCCAGUCUUCCAUCAAAUUCUUAAGACUGCACGGAUUUGAUGGGCUAGACCUGGACUGGGAGUAUCCUGGAGCACGAGGAAGUCCACCAGAGGACAAGAAGAGGUUCACAGUGCUGUGCCAGGAAUUACUUGCCGCUUUUGAAAAAGAAGCAGCUGAGACCGGAAAACCACGAUUGCUGCUCACAGCUGCAGUGGCUGCUGGGAAAGGAAACAUUGACAAUGGAUAUGAGAUUGCCGAUGUCUCAAAGUUCUUAGACUUUAUAAAUGUCAUGACCUAUGACUUCCAUGGAGCAUGGGAUCCAUUCACUGGUCACAACAGCCCUCUGUACCGCAGCUCUUUCGAUCAGGGUGACCUCAUCUACUUCAAUACGGACUUUGCUAUGAAAUACUGGAGGGACCAAGGAGCUCCUCUUGAAAAGCUCAUACUUGGUUUUGCUACGUAUGGCCGCACAUUUCGCACAACAUCAUCAGCGAAUGGUGUUGGAGCACCAGCCAGCGGAGCAGCCUCUGCUGGGCCCUACAGCCGUGAAGCUGGGUUUUGGUCUUACUACGAGAUUUGCACUUUCCUUCAAGGAGCCAGUCUCCACUGGACUGAUGAACAAAUGGUGCCCUAUGCCAUUAAAGGAAAUGAGUGGGUUGGGUUCGAUAACAGGCAGAGCUUUGAGAUUAAGGCGCAGUAUCUGAAAGAUAACAAAUUUGGAGGAGCCUUCAUCUGGUCUCUAGAUCUGGAUGAUUUUUCUGGACAGUUCUGUGGACAGGGAAACUACCCCCUCAUUAGUUAUCUGCGCUCUCUUCUGGAUUCAGAUUUGCCACCUCCACCUCCUGUAACCACACAUGCACCAGAGAUUACUACGAGCAAUCCCGGCUCAGCCACCUACACGACUGCAACUCAGACAACUACUCCUACAACUACUGAUGCCAAAACUACCACCACAAGUGUUAUUUCUGGAAGUGGUUUCUGUGCCGGGAAGGUAGACGGCCUCUACCUGAAUGAUAAGAACCGUAACUCCUUUUAUCAGUGUUUCCAUGGAAACACGUACCUCCAGCAAUGUCCACCUAAUCUUGUUUUCAAUGAAAGAUGCAACUGCUGUGACUGGUUGUGUAGAAAACAAGAUUUUGUUCCCAUUUUGUUAAUGAUUACCCUGAUUGGUGUAUUUUUUUAUCAGCUAAAGAAAGCUAUUCGGUGCUCUAUUUUUCACAUAACAGGAGCUAAUCCAAGCACAACCAACAUGAGCAAGUUAAUCCUAAUUGCAGGUCUCUGCCUUUCCCUUGGCAGUUUCGUCUCAUCCUUCAGACUGGUGUGUUAUUUCACUAACUGGUCCCAAUACCGACCUGGCAGCGGGAAGUUUAUGCCGAUAAAUAUAAAUCCAGACCUGUGCACCCACCUCAUCUAUACCUUUUCUGUCAUAAACGAGGCAAAUGAGUUGGCCACCUUAGAAUGGAAUGAUGAUGAACUCUAUAAAUCCUUUAAUGGACUCAAACAGCGGAAUCCAAAUCUUAAAACACUGCUGGCAGUUGGAGGCUGGAACUUUGGAUCACAAAAAUUCACUACAAUGGUGUCAACACAAACCAGCCGAAAUACAUUCAUCCAGUCUUCUAUCAAACUACUGAGAAAGUACAGUUUUGAUGGACUUGAUCUGGACUGGGAAUACCCUGCUGCAAGAGGAAGUCCUCUGGAGGACAAACAGAGAUUCACAUUGUUAUGCAAGGAGCUCUUAGAGGCCUAUCAGGCUGAGGGAACAGCAACUGGCCAGCCCAGAUUACUGAUUUCUGCAGCUGUAGCUUCUGGGAAAGGAACUGUUGAUGCUGGUUAUGAAAUCACAGAGAUGGCAAAGUACCUGGACUUUAUUAAUGUGAUGACAUAUGACUUUCAUGGCACCUGGGAGAGUGUGACAGGACAUCACAGCCCCUUAUACAACGGAUCCCACGACACCGGGGACCAUGUUUACUUAAGUACUGAUUUUGCCAUGAGAUAUUGGCGAGACAAGGGGACACCUGUGGAAAAGCUUAAUAUGGGCUUUGCUACAUACGGAAGAACUUUUCGACUGUCCUCUCAAUUCAGUGAGGUUGGAGCAGCAACCAGUGGUCCAGCUGCUGCUGGUACUUUUACGAGGGAGGCUGGCUUCUGGUCUUAUUAUGAGAUUUGCACAUUUCUUCAAGGUGCCUCUGUUCAGUUAAUUGAGGAACAAAAAGUUCCAUAUGCUGUCAAAGGAAAUGAGUGGGUUGGAUAUGACAACAAAGAAAGUUUUGAGACUAAGGUGCGUUACCUAAAGGAUAACAGAUUUGGGGGAGCUUUCGUCUGGGCUCUGGAUCUGGAUGACUUUAACGGACAGUUCUGUGGACAGGGAAACUACCCCCUCAUCAGCUAUCUCCGCACUCUUUUAGACCCAAAUCUUCCUCCCUUGCCCACUAUUGGAACCAUCCCAACUAUAGUCAAUCCACCUACGCACAAAGAUCAGCCUCUCGCCACACCUCGUCCCAGACCAACAAUCACAACUUCAUCCAAUAUCGCAGACAACUUCUGUACUACAAAAACUGGUGGGCUUUAUGCCAAACCUGAUGCCCCAGGUUCCUUUUACAGUUGUGCCAACGGCAUCACCUGGAUCCUAAACUGCACGUCUAAUUUGGUCUUCCAAGAAAGCUGCAAAUGCUGCAACUGGCCCUAAAAGUUUGCAAUAAAUUUUUGUUACACAA